AUGCUGCAACGCGUACAAGCACCAGCAUCCCUCGCAAGACCCGCCAUCCUCCUUCAAUUGAACCACGCCCGUCGCCAGAGCACAACCACCGAGCCUCCACCAAAGUCCCCUGCCGCUUCUCCUACACAACGAUCUCGUACUCUCCGUUUCCUCUACCGAGGCUUCACUAUUCUCGGCAUCUUUGUCGCCGUCUCUGGUGUCCUGGUAGUUGCCUUCUUCGCCUUCGAUGCAACCACAUACAAGGAAGAAGCAGACUCGGUCGACAUUGUUGUUUCCGAACUUGCCCUGAACCCAAGAAGAGGAGGUCCCAAGAAUCUCCCUAUCGCUGAACAUCUUAUCGAUGACGACGACUCGCCGGAAAAGAAGGCCCAGAAGCACAAGCCCAAGCUGGUUAUUCUCGGUACUGGCUGGGGCAGCGUUGCUCUGCUGAAGCAGCUGAACCCGGACGACUACCACGUCACUGUUGUCUCUCCGUCAAACUACUUCCUGUUUACUCCUAUGCUUCCCUCUGCCACUGUUGGUACUCUUGAAUUGCGUUCUCUCGUCGAGCCUGUUCGCAGAAUCAUCUCUCGCGUCAAGGGUCAUUUCCUGAAGGCUACUGCUGAGGAUGUCGACUUCUCGAACAAGCUCGUCGAAGUCUCGGCAACCGCUCCGGAUGGCACAAAGCAAAACUUCUACCUUCCCUAUGAUAAGCUCGUUAUCGGUGUUGGCUCCAUGACUAACCCUCAUGGUGUCAAGGGCCUCGAACACUGCCACUUCCUCAAGGACAUCACCGACGCUCGCCUGAUUCGCAACCAGAUUGUCAAAAACCUCGAGGCUGCUUCCAUCCCCUCUACUACCGACGAGGAGAGACGCCGCCUGCUCUCUUUCGUCGUGUGCGGAGGUGGUCCCACUGGUGUCGAGUUCGCUGCCGAAUUGUUCGAUAUGCUCAACGAAGAUCUCUGCAACUACUACCCUCGUAUCCUGAGAAAUGAAAUCUCGGUCCAUGUCAUCCAAAGCAGAGGUCACAUUCUCAACACCUACGACGAGACACUCUCCAAGUAUGCUGAAGCUCGCUUCGCAAAGGACUCGGUCGACAUUCUCACAAACUCGCGUGUCAAGGAGGUUCAGAAAGAUAAGAUUCUCUUCACCCAAAAGGACGAGGAGGGCAAGACCAUCACAAAGGAAAUCCCCAUGGGCUUCUGUCUGUGGUCGACCGGUGUCGCACAAACCGAAUUCUCAAAGAAGCUCGCCGAGAAGCUCGGUGAUUUUCAGACUAAUCGCCAUGCUCUUGAGACUGACACCCAUCUGCGUCUUGCUGGAGCUCCGCUUGGUGAUGUUUAUGCCAUUGGUGACUGCUCUACGGUUCAGAACAACGUAUCGGAUCACAUCGUAUCAUUCCUUCGUACCGUUGCCUGGGAGAAGGGCAAGGACCCCGAGAAGAUGAUCAUCAACUAUGGUGACUGGAGAGGUGUUGCCAAGCGUGUCAAGGCACGCUUCCCUCAAGCCGCCGAACACUUGAAGCGUUUGGACAAGCUUUUCGAACAAUACGACAAGGACAAGAGUGGUACACUUGAUUUCAGCGAACUGCAAGAGCUGCUCAAGCAGAUUGACGGCAAGAUGACCUCGCUACCGGCGACAGCACAGCGUGCCAAUCAGCAGGGUAUUUACCUUGGUCGCAAGUUUAACAAGCUCUCCCAGGCAGCGCCCGGUAUGGAGCUGAACAGACUCGACUAUGGUGAUAUUGAUGAUGCCGUCUACAAGGCCUUCUCAUACACCAACAUGGGCAGUCUGGCCUAUGUCGGUAACGCAGCCAUCUUUGACUUUGGCGGUAUGAACUUUGCCGGCGGUCUGGUAGCAGUGUACCUCUGGCGUGCCGUCUACUUUUCACAGAGUGUCAGUCUUCGCACGAGAAUCCUUCUUGCCAUGGACUGGACCAAGAGAGCACUUUUCGGAAGAGGUCAGCAUACAAGUCUAUUCAACCAAUACAGAGCAAAAGUACUGACAAUUUACAGAUCUCAUGAACUUCUAGAGCAGACAUAUAGACAGCGUCAAGCUCAUAUAAUUGAUUAUACGUAUUUAAGAACCUUGAACAUUUAA